AUGCCUUCCGCUAUCUCGCCUCUCUCGCCAUCCCAGCAGACCAAACAAGGCCUGCUCCUCGUCCAACCUCGCCUCCGCGACGUCACUCCAUCUAACGCCAGUACGUUCUUUCGCUGGACCAAACUCCAUUUCAGAGACUUGCUCAACGUACCCGAUACCGGUUUCGGUCAAGUCACACAUGCUCUGCGUUUCUGCGCUCCAGAGAGUGAUGACCAGUACACGCAUAAUGAGAAAGAGGGAUCUUUACCAAAGUACAUGUACACUUGUGUCGUGUCUGACAUCGGACACUUGAAGGCAGAUGGCUACAACGGCGUUAGUCGGAAACUGAAUUUGGAAAAGACGAGAGAUCUGGAGAAGGGGGAGGAGGGUGUGGGGUUCCGGGAGGAUGGUGAGGGUGAAGCAAUGGUGUUCGAUAUUGUGGAUGCCAAAUUCGCAGUGUAUGAAGAGAUGGGAUCGCCGACGAUGGAGUCAUCGUUUCAGAUGUUACCGACACAUCUCACUAAGAAAAGUGGUAAAGGGCCGAAAUCUGUCAUGGUCGCUGUGCAUGUAGAUCUCCCACAAGCCACUACGACGGUCGAUGUCGAUAUAGUCCCCAAGGCCCUUCAGUCCUCCCUACUCACCCUCGUCAAAGCCGCCGUGCCUCCGGCUCUCAAGCCAUACUCUUCAUUGUACCGAUGGUCUGGCGAAGACGCGCAACCCGAGCAUCAUCCGUUGAUCAGUAAAGACGGGCGUGGAGAAUGGAUGGUAUUACUUUUGUUGGUUGACGAGGAAGGGAAGACGUUGAUUAGAGAACAUGCCGUUAUGUUGGUACAAGGGUGGGUUAAUGAGGAGAGGGGAAAACUGGAUGGGGGGAAGAUUGAGUUUGGGGUUUGGGAGGGUGAAGUUCUUAUGAAAUAG